ACCAGUCAGUAGGCGGAAAAGCGGCGGUGUGUUUCUGUACCAGGAGAUAAAGCCAAACCGGGUGUUUUUAUUAAGGAGAUACAUUCAGGGGGUUGGAAAAGAUUAGUUUUGUGCGUGCUGAAAUGGCGGUUCCUGUAGGUCAGACAGAUCUACCGAUGGACAGGGGCGCCCUGAGCGGCCAGACAGUUUCCCCCGAAAACAACAUUGACAUCGACGAGAAAGAGUUGGAAAAAAUCACAAAGAAACAGCGAGAAGAAGAUACGUCAACGCUGCCUUUGCACUCACCUUGGACGUUUUGGCUGGACAGGUCUUUACCCGGCACGACGGCUGCAGAAUGUGAAUCCAAUCUGAAGAAGAUCUACACCGUGCAAACUGUUCAGAUGUUCUGGAGUGUAUACAACAACAUCCCUCCAGUCACUGCCCUGCCUAUGAGAUGUAGCUAUCACUUAAUGCGUGGAGAGCGGAGGCCACUGUGGGAAGAAGAAAGCAAUGCAAAAGGAGGGGUAUGGAAGAUGAAAAUACCAAAAGAAAGCGCUUCUGCAGUUUGGAAAGAACUGUUACUUGCUACUAUUGGGGAGCAGUUUGCAGAUUACUGUGCCUCAGACGAUGAGGUUGUCGGUGUCAGUGUUAGUGUUCGAGACCGGGAGGAUGUCGUACAAGUCUGGAAUAGUGAUGCGUCUCUUGCUAACGAAGCAAAUAUCUUGGGGAAAGUCUAUGAGCUCCUCCCAUACAUAUCUUUUAAAGCUGUAUUUUAUAAGUCUCACAUGGAACAUCAUGCCUUUGAAGGAGGACGCUCAAGACACUAGAUUGCAAUGCACUUUUAAAAAUUUUUUAACGUGAACUGUGUACCUGCCUUGACGUAAAGGCACUGUCCACCAACUAAUCAAGGAUAUUAUUUUGCAUUCAACAAGGAAAUGUUAUCAAUAUAUUUUUAUAACUUUUAAUGAAUGAUGCCUUGUUUAAUUUUGUUGUAGGUCCUAAAGCUCUGAAGAAAGCUCAGAGAAUGUAUAUCCCGCAUAAAUCUCAUCCACACUUCAUUAGUUCAUGUUGGUUUUGACUUCCUCCUAUACUGAACUGCACUGUCACGGUCCUGUUCUCUGCACGGCCUAUAGACCUCACAAUAUAUUCCUGGUAUAGAGGUAGCAGCUACAUAAUCUACUGUGUGUUAACGGUUUGAUAUGCAAGAUAUCUCAGUUCAUAUCACCUUUUAAUUAAGUCAGUUUAUUCAGUGCCAAAACACUUUUUCUGCCAUUUAAGAAGUUUGUAUGUGUGAUAGAGCGAAUGUUGUCCCAUUUGGUUUCUUGAAACUUCACCAACUGUACUUCAGACUUAAAUCAGGGUAAUACUUGGAAAUAUUGCACACAACUACCUAUUUUAAUCACAGUGUCCCUCAGUUCUAGAGCCAUCAUAGGGAAUCAGAAAAUAUCCCAGCACAAAUAUGGCCCUAAGAAAUGACAUUUGGUCAGUUUGAUGGUUUAUUUUAUUUUAUAUUUUAAAUUUUUUACAGCUUUACUUAAAGAGCAAAACCCACACUGAAAGGUGCCUCUUCGAAUAUUUUCAGCCACAUUUGACAUUUCUCUCAAUACACGUGCUGAAAGUAGACCCUCUGCUCUCCUAAAUGGAGUCAGAGAUCUUUUAGUGUGUUACUAAAGAGAUCCUGCACAUUUUGGUUCUCAACUAGUGGUGCUCCUUUGUACUUGUCUGUUCUUGUUUCCCAUACCAGUAAAUCUAGUGUGCAUACUGAACGGUGCCGUUGUACUCAUAACACAGAGAAAAAGCAGCAUUGUUUGCUUUAAAGGAAAGUCAUGCUAUUCCCAUAUUUAGCAUGAUAUGUAAAUACAAUAUACCUAAUGUUAUCGUUAAGAAAAAGUCCUAUAAAAUAUGUGAGUUUCAAUAGUCAUUGAGUCAAUGUAGACUGCUGCUGCAAAUAAAAGUACACUUUAAAGCAUAAGUUACACACCUGUGAUUAUGAUAAAUACCACCACUGUUAAUCCCUUUCCAAAUCUCAUCCAAAUUUCAAGUAUUAUUAGAAUCCAAAUUUUCUGAGACGUCAUCACCCAGUCUGACUUAGCUUCACUAACACAGUUAAAAUACUAUUGUUUUAUUGCGGUGUAGGCUACAGCAAAUUGAAUGCUCAUGGUGUAAUUGUAUGUCACACCACUUUUAUAGUUCAACUUUGGACUGGUUGUUAAGUUAGUCAUGAAAGGACAAUAUUUUCUUUGUAAACAUGAUGAUUUUUGCAGUGACAUGGACAAAGUAAAUAAAAUGUAAAUGAAAAUGCAA